GGGUUGGAGAAAUGUCCCUUCAGUCGAAACAGAGUCGUUCACGAAUCGCCUUCAAAGUUGGUUGUAGUUCGUUCUAUCGGGUCAGGAGUGGAGGUGAAGAACUCUUGGAAUUCAAAAGGAGAGGAGUUAACUUCAGUGCCAUCCAUUAUCUAUUUCCACCGCGAGUGCCUAACAGUUCAUGAGGAUGGGGAUUAGACGCCUCUGCUUUCCAGCCUGUAUGAAGAUAGGGCUCGCGUUUCUGGUCAGUUUGAUUGCAUUCGUCGGUAUCUGCGCCGCGCGUUCAGAUGCUCCUCGAGGAGUAGCGGUACCAUUCGUUUUUGAUCCCAGAGCAAUUUGCAACCCUUCAUGCAAGCACGCAGGGAUCUGCAUCAGAAACAACACCUGUUUCUGCUCGCGGGGUUACGAGGGAGAGACCUGCCAGUAUGCAAAUUGCUACCCUAAAUGCAAGAAUGGGGGAGAGUGCCUCCGCCCAGGGAAAUGCAGAUGCCCUCCUGGAUUCGGGGGGAAAUAUUGUCAUAAAGUGACUUGUGAUGGCGGGUGCUGGAAUGGAGGGGAUUGUAUUGCUGUCAAUGGGGUAGCCAAAUGCAUUUGCCCCUCAAGCUGGACUGGCUCUAAAUGCCAAGAAGCAAUUUGCCCCCAGGGGUGCAGGAAUGAGGGCAGCUGUGUGGCCCCAGGAAUCUGCAGCUGUCCAGAGGGCUGGCUGGGGGGAGCCUGCCACACUGCUGUGUGCAGUCGUCCCUGUCUGAACGGGGGGAAGUGUGUGUCUCCUGAAACAUGCCGCUGCCGCCCACCUUUCUCCGGACCGCGUUGUGAGAAGAAGAGAAAGGUGUUCUAAACCACACUAAACAGAGGUUCAAAAAUGUCUGUGGACCAUUAUUCACUCUAAACUGGUUCAUUCGAUGGUGCUACUUAUUUCUUUUGUACUGUAAGUGAACUGUUCAUGUUUCUUUAGUUAAUGCUACUUUAAACUAAUUUGAACUGUACAAAUGUAUGUGUGCAAUUUCAUAAAUAAAAAAAGUGUGUUCAUUUCUGUUGUUGCUAAAAUUACAGUAAGGGUUUACAACAAUCCAUAGUUCAAAAUAAUUUUAUCAGUUUAUUUUAUGACAAAUUUACAACAAUUGUUAUGUAAUUAAACCUGAUUCCUAAAAUAAAACCUGUUAAUGUUAGUUUCAGCCAAAAGAUCAAAUAUCUACGAUGGUAUUUAAAGCUUUCUUUUAUCAGUUAACAGCUAUGUUGUAUCUACACAAAGCUAAAGGCUAAUUUGUAUAAUUGGAACACAUGCCAAUAUUACUAAAUUAUAAAAAAUAUAAAGACUCAACAAAAAAAUAUUCUCUCCAAGAUGUUAAAUGAAGAAUAGAAAGCAGUGCACAACCGUAUUGGUACUAUAUAGGAGGAUUCACAUCAACCAAUAACUCGGCCAAAGGUUUGUUUCUUAGGGAACUAAACAAAAUCUAAAAAAGUUAUUUUCUACUUUAGAAGAAUUAUGUUACCUGUUCUUUUAUUAAACUUGUACACAACA